GACCUGGGGAAGGAAAAAAAAAAACACAAACAAAUAAAACAGAUCUAGAUAGAGCUGGAAGGACCGAAAGCGAGAGACAGAUCCGAACCUCCAUUCUGCAUGUGUCUUUGGAGCCGAGGCUGAUGGGGUGGUGGCAUGUGGAGGUGUCACUCUGAGGUUUCCCCCCGGCUCCUUCCUAACCUCUGGCGUUUGGUGUCUGCAGAAUGGCGCGCUUUGGAGACGAGCUACCCAACAGGUACGGAGGAGGAGGAGGUGGUGGUGGCGGUGGUGGCGGGGGUGCCGGCGGACAAGGGGGGCCCGGCCGCGGCGGCAGCAGGCAAGGUGGGCCCCCCGGAGCGCAGCGGAUGUACAAGCAGUCGAUGGCCCAGAGAGCCCGGACCAUGGCCCUGUACAACCCCAUACCCGUCCGGCAGAGCUGCCUAACGGUCAACCGCUCCCUCUUCCUCUUCAGCGAAGACAACGUGGUGAGGAAGUACGCCAAAAAAAUCACCGAAUGGCCUCCGUUUGAAUGGAUGAUCCUCACCACCAUCAUAGCAAACUGCAUUGUCCUAGCUCUGGAACAGCACCUUCCUGACGGAGACAAGACGCCUUUGUCCGAAAGACUGGAAGAGACGGAGCCCUACUUCAUAGCCAUCUUCUGUUUCGAGUCUGGAAUCAAGAUCCUGGCUUUGGGAUUUGCUUUACAUAAGGGCUCCUAUCUGAGGAACGGCUGGAACGUCAUGGACUUCGUGGUCGUCCUCACUGGAAUUCUGUCGUCUGUGGGGUCUCAGCUUGACCUGAGGACGCUCCGAGCUGUCAGAGUGCUGCGGCCCCUAAAACUGGUGUCUGGAAUUCCCAGCCUGCAGGUGGUGCUCAAGUCCAUAAUGAAGGCCAUGAUCCCCCUGCUUCAGAUCGGCCUGCUGCUGUUCGUGGCUAUCCUUAUGUUCGCCAUCAUCGGCUUGGAGUUCUACAUGGGAAAGUUCCAUACAACCUGCGCUGACCCCGUCACAAAGGAGAAAGUGGAAGAUCGCCCAUGUGGUCCCAAACUACCCUCCAGAUUGUGCCCCAAUGACUCAUCGUGUGAAAGUGGCUGGAUUGGACCAAACUACGGCAUCACUCAGUUUGACAACAUCCUGUUCGCUAUUCUGACAGUCUUCCAGUGCAUCACUAUGGAAGGAUGGACAGACAUGCUCUACUAUAGCAACGACGUGGAGGGCAGCAUGUGGAACUGGAUGUACUACAUCCCCCUCAUCAUCAUCGGCUCCUUCUUCAUGCUCAACCUGGUGCUGGGCGUGCUUUCAGGCGAAUUUGCCAAAGAGAGGGAACGGGUGGAGAACAGGAGCGAGUUCCUGAAGCUGAGGCGGCAGCAGCAGAUCGAGCGAGAGCUCAACGGAUACCUGGAGUGGAUCUGCAAAGCGGAGGAGGUGAUUCUGGCUGAGGAAGACGGCACGGGGAACUUUGAUGGUUCGAGACGAAGGCCAACCAUCAAAACCAGAAAUAACAAAACAGAGCUGUUGAAUCAAGAGGAAGGAGAGGACAACAUAGGAGAUGCAGUAGGAUUUGCUCGCUCCAGCAUAAAGAGCGGUAAGGACGGGGCGAAUUACAGUACAAAAGAGCGACGGAUGCGAUUCUUCAUCCGGAAGAUGGUGAAGACACAGGCCUUCUACUGGACAGUGCUCUGCCUGGUGGGCCUCAACACCAUCUGUGUGGCCGUGGUGCAUUACAACCAGCCAGAGCUUCUUUCCGACUUUCUCUUCUAUGCAGAGUUCAUCUUCCUCGGUUUGUUCAUGUCUGAAAUGCUGAUCAAAAUGUACGGUCUGGGCAUCCAGCCCUACUUCCACUCCUCAUUUAACUGCUUCGACUGUGUGGUUAUUGUUGGUAGCAUCUUUGAGGUUGUGUGGGCCACCAUAAAACCAGGCACAUCAUUUGGAAUCAGUGUGUUGCGAGCUCUCAGGCUGUUGCGUAUCUUCAAAGUAACCAAGUACUGGGCGCCACUGAGGAACCUGGUGGUUUCGCUGUUGAACUCCAUGAAGUCCAUUGUCAGCUUGCUCUUCCUCCUCUUCCUCUUCAUCGUGGUUUUUGCUUUGUUGGGGAUGCAGCUCUUCGGAGGACUAUUCAACUUUGAAGAAGGAACUCCGCCUACCAAUUUUGAUACAUUUGCAGCAGCAAUCAUGACGGUGUUUCAGAUCCUGACAGGAGAGGACUGGAACAUGGUGAUGUACGACGGCAUUGAGUCGCAGGGAGGAGUAAAGGACAAAGGAAUGGUCUUCUCCAUCUUCUUCAUCGUCCUCACACUCUUUGGCAACUACACGCUGCUGAACGUGUUCUUGGCUAUCGCUGUUGACAAUCUGGCCAAUGCCCAGGAACUGACUAAGGACGAAGAAGAGCAGGAGGAGGCAGCCAAUCAAAAGACGGCACUGCAGAAGGCUAAGGAGGUGGCAGAGGUCAGCCCGCUGUCUGCUGCCAACCUGUCGAUUGCUGCGAAGGAGCAGCAGAAGAACCACACCAAGCCCAAUAAGUCUGUGUGGGAACAGAGAACCAGCGAGAUUCGGCGGCAGAACUUGAUGACGAGUCGUGAGGCUCUCUACAAUGAACUGGAACAGGAUGACUGGAAGGUGGGAGAAGAAGGAGAGGAGGUGUCAUUCCCACGGAAAGCACGUGGCGAUGUGAAAACGCACCUGGACAGACCAUUGGUGGUAAACCCGCAGGACAAUUGCAACAACAACACCAACAAGACCCCACCCGGCGAGCUGCCGCUAGAUCAGCAGUAUCGUCGGCAGGAUGUUGACCACUGCCGCCGCGCUGCUCACCACUGCCACUACCACCGCCAUCACCACCAGAAAUCCACCAACCCAGACGGCGUGGAUGCAACCCAACUGAUGGAAACCAACAUGGGGCACGGUUUCAGCUGCACGUCUCUGGGUAACGUCGAAGGAAACGUGGAGCGCCACGGGGAUGAAGAGAAGCACAGCCACCAGAGUCAUCGGGGCCAUCGGCACAGGAACAGAGAGUGCAGGGAGGCUCGUAGCGUUUCUCCCCAUCACGGCAUAGGUGCAGACGGCAACGGUGAGGCGAGGAGGUGCAGGCAGCACCGCAGGGCAGCCAGGGAGGCGGAUGAGGGCAGAAGACAUCAAUGCAGGGCAACAGAGGGAGACGGAGAGAAAAGCGAGGAAGAGGGUGGACAGAAGGCAAGACGACAUCGGCACUGCAACCAGGAACGAUGCAGAGGACAUCGUGUCAGAAAUGCCUAUUCCUUUGCCCAUGUCAGGGAGCAUCACAGCACCUGCCCCAGCCUCUCAACUACACGGCCCAUACAGCAGUACAACGAGGACCUCGACAACUUCCGCAACAACAGCAAGCUGGCCAGUGCCCAAGAGCACCCUUAUGAUCUCCCACCUGAUCACCCAGACCAUCCGGACCAUCUCAACAACCUGCUGAACUGCCAGGACGCCGACACCCACACCCUGCUUCACAGCAUGGACAGCCUGAUCUUGACCAGCAUGGCAAAACCCGACUACACAUCGAUAGACAUGCCCCCUGUCUACCCGUACCCCUCGACCAACGCAAUCUUGCAAGUGAACAAGAACGCCAACACUGACCAGAAGAAGAGCGAGGAGAAGAAGAAGGAGGAGGACGAGGGUGAAGACGAAGACAACGCUAAGCGCAUGCCUCCCUAUAGUUCCUGCUUCAUAAUGUCUACCACCAAUCCGUUUCGAAAGUGCUGUCACUACAUCCUGACUCUGAAGUAUUUUGAGUUCAGCAUCCUGUCCGUCAUUGCUAUGAGCAGCAUCGCCCUGGCAGCAGAGGACCCCGUCAAGCCCGACUCGCCACGAAACAACGUGCUGCGUUAUUUUGACUACGUUUUCACAGGAGUCUUCACAUUUGAAAUGUUGAUCAAGAUGGUCGUUCUCGGCUUGUUUCUCCACCAAGGGUCUUACUUUCGUGACUUGUGGAACAUACUGGACUUUAUAGUGGUUAGUGGUGCUCUGGUGGCCUUUGCCUUCACGCCGAGCAGCACCCGGGGGAGCAGCAAAGGCAAAGACAUCAGUACAAUCAAAUCUCUGCGUGUGCUGAGGGUGCUGCGUCCCCUUAAGACCAUCAAGCGUCUCCCCAAGUUAAAGGCAGUGUUUGACUGCGUGGUGAACUCCCUGAAGAAUGUGUUGAACAUUUUGAUCGUCUACAUGCUCUUCAUGUUCAUCUUCGCCGUUGUGGCUGUGCAGCUGUUCAAGGGUCGCUUCUUCUACUGCACAGACGAAUCCAAAGAGUUUGCACGGGACUGCAGGGGCGAAUAUUUAGUCUAUGAAAAAGACGAGGUAAAAGCCGAGAAGCGGGAAUGGAAGAAGUACGAUUUUCACUACGACAACGUGGCUUGGGCCUUGCUCACCCUCUUCACCGUCUCCACCGGAGAGGGGUGGCCACAAGUGUUAAAGCACUCAGUGGACUCUACUUAUGAGGAUCAGGGCCCAAGCCCGGGAUACAGGAUGGAAAUGUCCAUCUUUUACGUGGUGUACUUCGUUGUCUUCCCUUUCUUCUUUGUCAACAUCUUCGUGGCUCUCAUUAUCAUCACCUUCCAGGAGCAAGGGGAUAAGAUGAUGGAAGACUACAGCUUAGAAAAGAACGAGAGAGCCUGUAUAGAUUUCGCCAUUAACGCCAAACCUCUGACUCGCCACAUGCCAAAGAACAAACUGAGCUUCCAGUAUCGGAUGUGGCAUUUCGUAGUGUCCCCUCCCUUCGAGUACAGCAUCAUGGCUCUGAUUGCACUCAACACGAUCGUCCUCAUGAUGAAGCAUUACGAAGCAGAUGUAGCUUACGAUAAUGUACUGAAGUACCUGAACAUUGUGUUCACCGCCUUCUUCUUUAUGGAAUCUAUCCUGAAAAUCAUUGCUUUUGGUCCCUUGAACUACUUCAGAGACGCCUGGAACGUUUUUGAUUUUGUCUCAGUCAUUGGGAGCAUUACUGACAUAUUGGUAACAGAGUUUUGGGACAAUUUCAUCAACUUGAGCUUUCUGAGGCUUUUCAGGGCGGCUCGCCUCAUUAAGCUCCUGAGACAGGGAGAAACGAUCCGGAUCUUACUGUGGACGUUUGUCCAGUCCUUCAAGGCUCUGCCGUAUGUGUGUCUGCUCAUAGCCAUGCUCUUCUUCAUCUAUGCCAUCAUUGGCAUGCAGUUGUUUGGAAACAUAGCUCUUGACGAGGAGGAAGAAACUGCUAUCAACGAGCAUAACAACUUCAGAACAUUCAUUAUGGCCCUAAUGCUGCUGUUCAGAAGUGCUACAGGUGAGGCGUGGCAUGAUAUCAUGCUGGCAUGCCUGGGAGAGAAGAAAUGCGACCCAGAGUCAGGAAGUACCGGGAAGGAGUGUGGCAGCACCUUCGCCUACACCUACUUUGUCUCCUUUAUUUUCCUCUGCUCCUUCCUGAUGCUGAAUCUCUUUGUGGCCGUCAUCAUGGACAACUUUGAGUACCUCACUAGAGACUCGUCCAUCCUGGGGCCGCACCACUUGGACGAAUACGUAAGGAUAUGGGCCGAGUACGACCCAGCCGCCUGCGGGCGCAUACAUUAUAAGGAUAUGUACAGUUUAUUGCGAGUUAUCUCCCCUCCUCUGGGCCUUGGCAAGAAAUGCCCACAUAGGGUGGCCUGCAAGAGGCUCCUGCGCAUGGAUCUGCCUGUUGCCGACGACAACACAGUGCAUUUUAACUCCACCCUCAUGGCUCUGAUCAGGACAGCACUGGAUAUAAAGAUUGCCAAGGGCGGUGCAGAUAAGCACCAGAUGGACGCGGAGCUGAGGAAGGAGAUGAUGGCUAUCUGGCCAAAUUUAUCACAGAAGACUCUGGACCUGCUGGUUACUCCGCACAAGGCAGCCACAGACUUGACGGUGGGCAAAAUCUACGCUGCCAUGAUGAUCAUGGAAUACUACAGACAGAGCAAGACCAAAAAGCUGCAAGCCCUGCGAGAGGAACAGUGCUCCUCCCUUCCUAACCGAACGCCAUUAAUGUUUCAGCGCAUGGAGCCACCCUCUGAGGGAGGGGGCACGGAGGGCCAGGCGGGGCCAGGCCAGAACGGUCUGCCCGGCGUUCAGCCGGACAACAUCAACAGCAUACCUCCUGAAGGUGGCUUGACUGAAAGCCAAUCAUGGAUGACGGCUAAAGCACAGGAAAUGUUCCAAAAGACCGGGAACUGGAGCCCGGACCGGCCCUACCCCGACGACGUCCAUGAGAACCGCCACAAUCCCCAGACUGUAGAGAUGAGGGAGAUGGGGCGGGACGGGUACUCCGACACUGAGCCCUGUCACCCAGUGGACGGGCAUGGGCGGACGCUCUCCAUGCCCCGCCUCUCGGCAGACAACCAACGGAGGAGACACAGGCCCCGUGGAAAUAACCUCAGUACCAUCACCGACAACAGCCCGAUGCGUCGCUCCACCUCCAGUCUGGUCCACGGGCGCUCAGGUCGCGGCGUGAGGCUGGACGACUACUCUCUGGAGAGGGUGGUGUCCGAGGAGGGGAGACACGGCAGCGGGCGCAGGCACAGGGACCGAAGUCAUCGCACUUCGCAGCGAUCGCUGACCAGAUACACAGACGCCGACACAGGUAUCCUAUCUAUUUCAUGUCUAGGUCUGGGUACAGACCUCAGCACCACCACACAGUCAGGUGACCUGCCUCCCAAGGAGCGUGAGCGGGACCGUGGGCGCACCAAGGACCGGCGUCAUCACCACCACCAUCACCGCCAUCACAGCUCAAUGGACAAGGAGCGCUAUGAUCACCAUGACUACCCUCAUAGACAACCCCAGGACCGCCACUGGUCCCGGUCCCCCAGCGAAGGGCCAGACGGGAGAGGUCACCGACAGGGGAGUAGUUCGGUAAGUGGCAGCCCGGUCCCCUCCACCUCGGGGACCAGCACUCCACGGAGAGGCCGCCGCCAGCUGCCACAGACUCCUGCCGUCCCACGCCCGCACGUCACCUACUCCCCCGCCGUCCGAAAGCCCCUCUACGGCCCUCCGGGCCCGGGUCGAUUGCGCUCCCCAUCCCCUCGACACUUCUCUCCGCCGGACCACGACCGGGGUUACCACCACCGGCCCCCGUCACGUCACGCCUCCCCUCACCACGGCGGCUCCUCGUCCAGGCACGGCUCGCCGCGCUCGCCUCGGCACCAGUCGCCGCACUCGCCGCUCCACGGGUCACCUCGGUCUCCGCACCGGAAUCGCUGGAGCGGCCCCCCGCCGGGGGACAGCCUGGAGGGUGACGGGCCCUUCUACGAGAGGGAUUACGAAUAUGAGCGGCAUCAUGAGCCUCCCGCCUACGAGCAGAGCCUCUCCCAUGGCAACCCUCAUCCGCAUGGUGGAAACCCUCACCCACACCCACGCUCACCAAGGACUGCUCGUCACGGGCCCCCGCCACCCCCUCACCCGCAUCCACGUAGGGUUCCUAAUGGCUACCGUUCAUCCUCACCUUCCCCGCAUAGGAGGGGACCGCCAGGGGCACCGCACCCUCACCACAGGCCUCCCCAUGCCAGAGGGCCCCGCAAGGACCUGCAUGAACCUUACAGUGAGACGGACGAGGAUGACUGGUGCUAGCGACGGCAUGAGAUGCAGACAGCAGAAGAUGAUAAGAACCAUCACCUCCAGUGCUCUGGCACAUAUGUAAACUUUGAACAAUGUGAUGGUAAAGUUUUGGAGAGCCCCUCUGCUCCCCCUUUAGACUCUAAAAAAAAAUGAUGCAAGGGUGGAGGUAGAGGGGCAGUGGUGCUGCUAGGAGCCUUUUACACAUUUUGCAGAAAAAUCUAAUCUUUGACAAAGCAGCACGUGGUUAUGCUAAUCUCGAGAAAGUCUGGAGAACGUCGUAGGCAAGGCCAGGGCACAGGUUCACCUCUGCCUCUCAGAACUACAGUUCCCAUGACCUGCCUACACCAUCGAGGUCUAGGCUAAAAGGGAAAAGAGAGUUGAGCGAACAGAGAUCCAAUGAAGGGCAUGAGGUACUAAAACAAUGUGAUGGGAUCGUUUCAAGGCCUAACGGGUACUUUGCUCGGACUGGCACCUGACUGCUUAGGUGUGCGCAAGCUCUCACUGGCCGGACUACUUCAGAAAACAGAAAAUAAGCUGAAGUGAGGAGUAACACCGCUUAGACUCUGCUCUAAAACAGACACGUUUAGAUAGGAAAAAAAUGAUGUAAUAAAAAGCCAGGAUCCCCCUCACUAACCCUUACAUGCCAAGCUAUGCCUCCAGAAAAUGAAACUUGAACAAUGAAGAAGACAGUGAAACUUUACGUGACAGUGACAGUUUAAAAAAUAAAUAAAUAAAUAAAGGGAGUACUUUUACUUUAUCUUUAUUUUCUCUCUCUGUGUCCAAGGGGACAGAACCUAGGAAGCUCCGCCUAUACUGCAAAACCCAGCCAAUCACAGCGCUGGCUGAUGAUAUUCGAUGAGUUUUAUCAUCUCUGUUUACUGUUACGGACUCACUUGAUGGGUGGAUGGAACUGCUGUGACAUCACUUCCUGUCCAGACGGCGGCGGAUGCAAAGCGGUGAUGCCCAACGUAGGCUUCACUUCCUGGAAAAGACGCGAUGGGAGGACGGGCCCAGGUUACUGGAGAAGGGGACUGGUCACUCUGUCAAUCCUUUCCCUUAUCUGUUGAUCAACCCAGCAUACAGAGAAACGGGGACCUGACAGGAAAUGGCAUCACAGAUGUUGGCGGGUGGCAUGAAGACAGGAAAGGAGGGAUGGGGGAGAAAAAAAGAAAAACCAGACUAAUUUCUUCAGUAUUUCUUCUGUCGAUUACUUCUUGUUCUUCUUCGGACAUUUGGAGCUUGGUUCUUCUGUUGCAUUCGCUCAGCCUCCUUUGCUCUUUUUCAGAGUUCAAAAAUUGAUGGAAACCUGCAUGAUUGAUAUAAUCCAUACUAGAGAGGAAAUGUAAGCGGUGUGGGUGGGAGUGGGACCAGGGGGGCUUUAUAGGAAACUUUAACUUUUAGGUUCACAAAAGAAGUUAUCUUUUCAGGCUCGCUCUCUCUCUCACUUUUUUUUGUCUGACUCAAAUGUCGAGUAAUUUUUAAAAAGAUUUGUUUUUUUGUUUUUUUUUUUACCUGAAACAGACUUUAACAGAUUGACAGGUUUUUCACUUGUCUCAGUUUUUUGUUGAAAACUCGGCUUCAGCAACCUGGCAAACAGACGAGCAAAACAAAGUAAAACGUUUCCAGGGUCACGCAGGUGUCCUGUCUUUUGAGAAACACACACUGAGAGAGAGAGAGAGCAGACGGAAGGAAACUUCUACCACUCUGAAGUUGCUAUUGUUGAUGAUAACAGAAAUUAAUAAUGAUUUAAUUUCAUUAAUGUCAAUGCAAUUGAGUGACAAUGAUGAUACUGGUGACGAUUGACUGAAUGUUAGAACUGUUGAUGUAGACUUGCUGUCAUGUUGAUUGGAGUUCAGAUAUGCCGUGUUCAUCUAGUUUUAAUUUUUUAUUUUCCAUCCCUUAUGUUGGUGUCCCGUGCUUAGUGAUGCCUACCGGGUUCCCGAUAACCUUCGUGCAAUAUUUUUAUUUUUUGGGGGGGAAAAUGAUGGUUUUACAAACGUUCACUCAGCAGAGUUGCGUGUUGUAACACAGCUCUAAGCGAAGAUGCAUUGUCUCUCCAGGAUAGUGGAGGUCAGAGGUCAGAGGAGCCUCAGUACCUGUCCUGCGGCGACCCGUAGGGUCUCAUCAAGCCAACCCAAAGAUCAGUAAUGUUCACAGAGAAGGAGUACAACAUAUUGAGAAUGUGGAAGCUGAUUUUACAUGUUUCUUCUUCUUCUUCUAAGGUUGACGUCGUCCGACUUAUUGCCAAAAAACAAAUCUAUGAAUCUCAAAUCCUUUUUUGUUUGUUUUAGCUCUGUAGUUCAACUGUGGGGUUAGUUGCCAGCACUGAAAGCACAGCCUUGGUGGUACAGGGUUGGCAUCAGUCAGUGUUUGAGACGGUGUUUUGGCCACUAGAGGGCAGUAAUCUGCAUCUGUUUUUCCCCUUCCACUGGACGGUGACUUUUUGGCCACAUCCUGAUCUCUCACCAUCCUGCAGUCGACGUUCCACUUUCUAUAAAAGUUGUAAUAAACAUAAAUCCGAUUCUUCGUCAGGAAACACUGAUAUGCCCUGAGAGCUGCCGUAUCUUUUCAUUCGUCAUUCCAUUUUCCCACCUGCCCUUCCUUCGGCCCUUUCCGUGAAGAUACCCUGGCCCAGUUCAGUGACUUUGUAGCAAGUCGGAAUCUUACGCUGCCUAAACAAAAAACAUUUUAUUUUUUCUCAUCUAGCUUUUUGUCAAUUCAUUUGCUUUAACAUCUGUUCAUUUAGCUGUUUAAAGACCCAACAUUACACUACAGAAGAGAAAUACCUUGGAAUAAUAUUUUAACCCCUUAUGUUAUGAGGGAUGACAGUUAUUGAAUGAUCAAUAAUUCUAGACUAAAAGAAUAGAGCAUAGACAGACUUAGUUUAUUACCUGAAGAUGAAUGUAGACGUAAUGUUCUAGAUGUAGUUAUAGAUAAAACACAAAGUAUAAAUAGAAUUGCAGAUGUUUAUUUAUUUUGCGUACUAAUGCUACUUUCUCCACGCAAAUUGCAGAAAUGCGAGACAAACCGCAGCACAGACACAUUUUGACUCUAUGCAGCCCUUAUUUACAUCUCCAGAGGGGAACCUGCAGCGCUGCAAAAACAAAUCCAUCAAACAGGAAUCAGCACGUAAGAGAUGACGUAAAGACCGACGCCACGUUUUCACCUCGUCACGCUACGUCGCAUCCACAGCGAGGUUUACUUUUCACGUACAUCUGUUGCAGAUGUACGUUUUUUUCCCCCGUGGCGGAUCCGUUCUCCCUGAUUCAUAUUUCUCUGCUUUCGUGAGAUUAUUUGCCUCAGUGGCCGUGAUUUUUUUUUAAGCAUAGUAUGGUGAAUCGGAUUGGGGACGGGGCUUAUGUUUUGUCAGUUCGGUGGAAGCGAAGGGGUGCUUACCAUGAAACCUUCUGUCCUCACCAUCCAAGAAGUUGCAGCAGGUGAGGAUUGUUCUCCAAAGCCCCCUACAGAGCCACAGUGCCUUCUGUAUCUGAGUCACAUUCAUCACCCCCCCAUGAGCCCUGCCCCACCUGCCUCCCCAGUCACAGUUGCUCUCGUCAGUAACCCCUCGCCCCCUCCUUGUGCAGUCGACGUGAUCAACCACGCUACGCCUUAAGAUCAAAUCUCACCGGCUCCCAUGCUAGCAUUCAAAACGGGGAGUGUGACGAUUUUGAGACUGGGCCGCGGUCAGGAAGCAAGUCGAGAGACUAGGCUAGAUGCACAUUCAGAAUGGGCUGAACUAUUUAAUAUCUCCCAUUCAGGCACUCAGUUUUGUAACCGCUACCAAAAAAUGAAAAAGAAAAAGAAAACCCUCACAGUUUCAAUCUGAGCCUUGCGGUUUUUGACUUUUGAAGACUCAACGACCAUCCAGAUCCCGCUAGCUGGCUAGCCCCUUUUGGCUUCGGCAUGGCUCCAGUUUAUGUCCGUCCCGUAGUUGUCCUGCGUACAGUUUCCUGAUGAUGUACUUAGAGGUUUACAGAGGUGCGAAGCCGUUUGCUUACUUCUCAGGUCCCUCUAGAGCUAGGUAGCUAGUUAGACCACGUAGGGAAGAAAUUGCUACAGAACAGGCAGCUCCCGGUUUGAGUUAUUGUAUGGUUUUACUUGGCACGGUAUCUUGUUGUUGAUCUCACCCCUCUCCUUUCACCACAAGUACAUCGUAACACACUUCAAGCUCUUACAUUUCCAUCUAAAGCCUGCAGAAUCGCCGCCGAAACGACGCGACUUUCAUUUGGGCUCCACUCGCUCGUCCAUAAUUGUAACAGCGGAUCCCAAAAGGCAGACACACAACAUUGACCUUGUGUGAAAGCAUGUUGUGUGCGUGAACUUUUUCCAAAACACUUAUUAUCCCAUUAGUUUGGAAAAAGGCAAACAUCUAGUUUGUUUUGUCUGUUUUUUGUUUUUUUAGUAUCUAGUUGCUUUAUGAAACACAGUUUAGAAGGGAAUGCAAGGUUGUUGGUUUUUUCUCAAUCAUCGCCUGUCUUUAUGUCUGCUUUCUGUCACUCUUUAUUGUUAAUAUCUGAGUAAUCUUUCUCUUUUUAUUUCUUCUUCCCCAUGGGAUGAAGGCAAAAUUAACAAGCGUACCACCCAUCCGCUCAGUCGGCUGUGAAAUUGUGUCAGUGGGUCAUUUGUAAGGUAACGUGUUGACAAAAACACAAAAAGGGCUCUCUUUUAAAAAUAAAAAACUACACUACAUAGUGGGGAUUAAUGUACAGUAGUGCUGCCAAAAGUUGUUCUUAUGUAGCUAAAGCCACGCUGAAGUGUCCCCUUUGUACAGCUCUAUAUGUGUGUGCAUGCGUACGUGUGUAAGGAGGCGGGGACAUUGGAGCGGGGGCCGAAACAAGACGAGUGGCUGAUGUGGGAGGGGAACUGCUUCAGGUGGGAGCAGCAGCAGAACUUUCAGUGAUGUUGAUACACAAUUUCACAAUGGCACCAGUCCACUUUUCAAGCUCACGCUCAAGUCGCCAUUUUUCCACCAUCACCUGAUCCUCAUCUACUCCUACUUUGAGAGGGGCGGGGCAACGGCUGUGACAGGGAGACGUUUUACUCUGUGACUGUGUGUGUGUGUGUGUGGGCGUGUGUGUGUGUGUGAGUUAACAUGUUUGCUAUGGUCACGUUUGCUAAGGCUUAAACUGUUUAAUCAAGUUACAUUCUCUGUUCACACUAACGCAGACAUUGAAAAAACGAAGUAAAAAAAAACAUCUCAGAUCCUUUUUGGGAAAAAAAACAACAAGCUUUUAUAUGGACUAGAUAUAUAGAAUGAUGUAGAAACCCACCUUGUGCUGAUAAUACACCAAUAUUGAAGGAUUUGAUGGGAGUCUUUCUCUUUCUCCUCACUGUCAUCAUUAAAUUUUAAAAUAGAAACUCGAGCCAUUACUGGCUGAAAUUAGUCUUUUAAGCCAAUUUUCUUCCAUUUUCUUCUAGAAAAAUAAAUAUAUAUCCUAGACAGACAAAGUGGGUGUGAAACGUCCCUAAAGAUUUAACGUGUGAUCGGUAUAAAAUGUGCUUGACGGCAAAGAGUUGUGUACAAGUAUGACCAAAAUCACACAGGUUCCAAAACUGCUGAUGAGAUGAGCAGCAGUUUCAUUAGCUUAGCACUGCUUCUGGAUGAGCCCCAGGUUGAAUGUACUGCACUUAUAUUAGGAUGUUUUUGAUUUUUUAACUAAAUGCCAAUACAUAAAUGUUUCAGACAUAACAAAAAGACUUUAGUUUUGAAUAAAAUAUUCACAGCAGAUCUGAUCUGAUUCACCAAAGCUAAGCUAACAUUGGUGCUUUAGCUAAACAGCUAAAGCAGUUUCCACUGCUUUAACUGUGCCCAGGGUUUUAAAUACAACUGUACCGCAUUUGUAUCACAUUGUUUGUUUUUUUUAACGAGUUGCCAACUCAAAUUAAAUGCCAAUACACUUUUUUCAGAAAUAAUGAAAGAAGUGUUCAUUUUAAGCUAGAUAUUCACAGCAGAUCUGAUCCGAUUCACCAAUGCUAAGCUAACAUUUUUGGAGGGGAUUUUCUAUAGCGUAGCACGGCUUUAGCUGUGCCCUGGAUUGAAUGCGUUUGUUAUGGGUUGUUUUUAAAUUUUUUAAAUUAAAUAUAAAUACAACCAUGUUUUUUUUUCACAAAUAAUGAAAAAAAAAAAAUCUUAGUUUUAAGCUGAAUUCUCACAGCAGCUAAAAUUUGGGGAUUUUUUUCUAUAGCCUGAACUACACUUUUUUUCCUAUCACAGCUUGCGUUAAAAUGUAACCAAAAGUUUAUAAAGCAUAUUUUAACAUUGAAAAUACACACAAAUUCUUCCCCCACGAAUACAAAAUUUUAACUUAACUUGUAAUGAUACAAUUUAGAAUGCAAGCAAUUCUUCACCCCUAACCAGGGAAACGUAUCAGCUGUUUAACUUUUUAAUUUAUUUGAUUAAUGACCUAAUUGAUUAGAUGUUUCAGCCCUUAUUGUGUGAGUGAUGUGUGCCAAUCCGUUCAUUAUCAUGCGUGUCUAAGUGCGUCGUCACACCAUCAGCUGCAGAAGGUAACCUUCAGUGCCUUACACUGUACAGAACAUGAAGACUCUCUCCACUCGUGCUCAUCACUGCAUCAUCAUCUCCUCUGUUUCUCACCCUUACUCGUUCCCACACUGGAUGGGUAAGAAAUGUGUGUGUGUGUGUGGGUGAACUGUGGGGGAGUUGGUUGAUAAUCUUGUGAUGUGUCUUACUCAUCCUCUCACCAUGUCUCAUGUCAUCAGAUGUACAUUUUGGCUCUGUAAUUUAUGUGUAGAUAUUCCAUAAAGUUUCUGAAAAAACUCCACUGUGCUCAUCAUCAGUAAUUCUGUUCUGCUGUCUCAUUUAUUUUCCUCAUUCUCACUCCUUACACGUUCUUCAUGUUAUACCAUUUGUGAACACUAGGUAGCAGGAUUAAGCUUUUAUUUUAUUUUAUUUUUUAAUUCUGUCAUCGUCAGUGAGACAUAGAAGACUGAGUGAGUUAAUGCCUGUCUGUGUGGGUGUGAUUUCUCUGUGAGGGUUUGUCUGUCUGAAACAUGACUGUGUGUUUCUUGCACUUUAUGGAGCCAAAAAAUGCUUUAGAGCUGAUAAAUGUGGCAAUUGGUUUAUUUACCUGCAUUUUUUGGCUCUAGGAUUCAGAAAUUUUUCUAUAUAAAAAAAAACAAUUUAAUUAUUUUUUUGUUUUGAAAAUUUCUUCAGCUACAUGUAGCAGACAUUUAUAUCGUUUAUUGAUUUUUUUGCAAACUGCCUUGCACGUAUUUGAAAUAAAGCCCUAGCCCAGACGUAGCUGGAAAUGUAGGAAAAUGAAUACAUCUUUAUACGAACUGGCCUUUCAUCCACACAAAAAAAUCUAAUAUCAAAAAUUAUUUAUAAAAACUCCAACUAAAAUGGAGAUUUGAGAAAACUUCCUAUUUGUGUUUCGUCUUGUGUUUUCUUGUCCUUAUAUUCUAAUACGCUAUUUAAAAGUAGUUCAACAUACACAUCCGUCCAACUUCCUGCCGCCAUGUUUAAUUCCCAACAGGUUGAGCAAUCUGAUUGGCUGAUGUAGGUUUUAGCUUUGCGCUACACUGCCCCCUAUGUGUUUGGCAUGUUAAAACAACGCUCACGUUUGGAUCUGAGCGCGUUUGUGUGGCUGAAAACUUUUCUGAAACGGAUCCCGUGUGUACGAUGUUUUUUUGAACAACAUGAGAUAUCCUAUUUUCAAUAGAGAUCCAGCUACAUGUGUACAAGGCCUGAAGGUUAAUACUUCUAAUCUGAUAUCUGAAGCAACAAGUUUGGCUGCAUAAACCUUACACGGGCGUUCACAGUGUCGCCUCCGCCUCUCUGAAGAGCCCCCUCUCCAUUUCCAUUUCUCUCUCUACGUCUUUCAUCCUUAAUCUCGCCUUCUCUGUUUGUUUCCACGAGCUCAGCCGAGACUAGUUGCUUCGAGGGAUUUUGUCCUCGGCGCUUCAUUCUCAGAUCUAUUUUUUUAAAAAAGAAAGAAAAUACCCGAAAGUGCCAAAUGUUUUGAACAACAGAUCGUGUUUAUUCGUUUUCCCGUUCGUGAUACUAUCAGACUUGGCAUGUUUUGUCUUCCAAUAUUUUUAGGUAAACCGAGGAAUAAACUUUUUAAAGAAAAUAGUUUGAUAGCCAAAAUCCACCAAAAAUGAUGCUAAGCUAGAAAAAAA